GCAUUGAAAGUUUCACCGGCGGAGAGGACUGGACACCUGAUUUCGAGUUUCCACACGCCCCCCUCCUCCACCAAAAACAAACAAAAAAAGGUGCAAAAUGCAGAGACCAGGCGGCCAGGGGACUGCGUUUUCUAUCGAUUCCCUGAUCGGGACCCCGCAGCCCAGACCAGGACACCUACUGUACACGGGCUACCCCAUGUUUAUGCCCUACAGACCUCUGGUUAUCCCACAAGCUUUAUCCCAUUCGCCUUUAUCCUCCGGUAUUCCUCCGCUCGCGCCUUUGGCUUCUUUUGCGGGACGUCUCACCAACACGUUCUGCGCCAGUUUGGGGCAGGGAGUGCCAUCCAUGGUUGCGCUCACCACCACGAUGCCAAGUUUCUCAGAUCCACCGGACAGUUUCUACCCGCCUCAAGAACUGCCCGGUCCGCGUUUGAGCGCUGCAGACCCGGGAGCGCGAAGGCAGGACAGCCCGCACUCCGAGGAGCUCCACGGCCGGGACAAGAGCUCAGAACUGCUCAACUUUUCGGAAACUUUUCAAACGAUAUCAGGUGAGACCAAACUGUACAGUUCAGAUGACGAGAAGCUGGAGCUAAAAUCCGCGGACACGGCGUGCAGCGACCGGGAGGACAGCUCGGCGGACAGCGAGAACGAAAGUUUCUCGGACGGCAACAACUGCGGCUCGCUGAGCCAGAAGAGCAAACUGAAGGGCGGCUCCGCCGAGCCGCUGCCCGCCGGCGGCUCGGCUGGGAAGAGCCGGCGGAGACGGACAGCUUUCACCAGCGAGCAGCUGCUCGAACUGGAAAAGGAGUUUCACUGUAAAAAGUACCUGUCGCUCACCGAACGCUCGCAGAUCGCGCACGCACUCAAAUUGAGCGAGGUGCAGGUGAAGAUCUGGUUCCAGAACCGGCGCGCCAAAUGGAAACGGAUCAAAGCGGGAAACGUCAACAACCGCUCGGGGGAACCGGUGAGAAACCCCAAAAUCGUGGUGCCUAUCCCCGUGCACGUCAACAGGUUCGCCGUGAGGAGUCAGCACCAGCAAAUCGAACAGGGGAGCAGGCCGUGAACGCAGCACGAACCGUUCCUGGUUUGGUGAUGCGCAAAAAAAAGGAGGAUCCGGUUCUUUUUCAGACUGAACGCACAGAGAAGCAAAACCUCACCGGGAUUAUCUCGUUUGGCAACACGCUGUGGUUUUUAUUUAUUCUUUUGUUAAUAUGUAAAUAUAAAUGGGCACUAUGAGAUGAAACUGUAAAGAUUUUUUAAGUAUUUAUAUGUAGGCUGAAAUGUUUUUUGUUUGUUUUUGUUUUUUUCCCCCCAUUUUGCUGCAUGACCUUAACUCAUUUGGUGAAUAAUUUUUGUGUUUGUUGACCUCAUUUGCAUGUCACUGAAGAGAUUUUGUUUGUCAGAACCUCAUUUGACAACUAUUUGUGAACAACAAAUAAAUAAA